AAAGACGACGACGACGACGACACCCAACAAGCAGAGCGACAUAAGCACAAACACCGGAUCAUGGACGCAGCCUCCUCCUCCUUCGACGAGGAAGAGGCCCUCAGCGCACUCACCGCAUCUACACGCAACCUCUUUCAUCUCCUCGUCCGCUCCUUCUACCGCAUCCCAGGCUCAGACAUCCUCAUCCGCUACAUCAAAAACUCGCACCAGAACGACCCCAUUCGCACCAUCAUCGAGAUCUUUCUCGUCAUUUUCUUGAUUCUCUUCAUCACGGGCAAGACGUAUCAUCCAGACUCUAAUGCAGUCACGCUCAGUGAGCGCGAAGUGGACGACCUCGUGGACGAGUGGCAGCCAGAUGAACUCGUCAAGGCGCCCUCCCAUGAAGACCAAGCCCUCAUUGAUCGUAUUCCAACGAUCCACGGCGCCGUUGGACCACGUACUCUCGUCAGCUGUCCUGCUGUCUUGCAAAAGCCAAAAGAAGUCAUUCAUCUUGCCUCCUACAACUUUCUCGACUUGCUCGGCGAUGCACAGCUCAAGGAACAAAACAUCACCACGUUGCGUAAUUAUGGCGUCGGAGCGUGUGGACCACCUGGCUUUUAUGGGACACAGGAUGUACAUAUACAGAUGGAGCGCGAUAUUGCAGAUUUCUUGGGUACAGAGAGUUGUAUUGUGUAUGCACAAGCGCUCGGCACCAUUGGCUCUGUCAUUCCUGCCUUUGCAAAGCGUGGUGAUGUCCUCGUUGUGGACAAAGGAGUCAACUUUGCUAUUCAGAAGGGACUACAAAUCUCGCGGUGCACCAUCAAGUGGUAUAAUCACAACGACAUCGAUGAUUUGGAACAAGUCUUGAAGCAAGUCAACAAGGAACAGCAAAAGCGAGGACUCACACGGCGUUUCAUUGUGACGGAGGGCAUCUUUGAGAAUCAUGGUGACUUGGUCGAUCUACCACGUAUCGUUGCGUUGAAGCAGCAGUACAAGUACCGUCUGAUCCUUGACGAAUCUUGGUCAAUCGCAACGAUGGGUAAGCAUGGUAAAGGUGUCACUGAACACUACGGCAUUGACCCGCGUAAAAUCGAUAUGCUCAUUGGUAACCUGACGGGGUCUUUCUGUUCAGGUGGUGGCUUCUGUGCCGCUUCUGCAGAGAUUGUCGACCAUCAACGCAUUUCUGGUGCUUCGUACGUGUUUAGUGCUGCACUUCCAGCCAUGCUCGCUACGCAAGUCUCAGCGUGCUUAUUGCGAAUGAAGCAGCAACCACAGCUCUUUACACAUCUAGCAGACAACGCAAGACUAUUCUUGCAGCAAGUCCUGGUGGGUGGCGGUCGUCAAGGUGGCGAUAUUUUAUGUGAAGCAUGGCCCGGUAGUCCCAUGAUGCACUUGCGGCUAGCGACACCGUUGGCAGACGAUGAAGAAGAAGUCCGCGUCUUACAGGCGAUUGUCGAUGAAUGUCUCGUCAAUGGCGUCUUGGUGACGCGUGCAAAGCAAGUCGAUCAGGAAGGUGUCAAGGGACUUGGCGAGUGUCGGCCGAGUCUGCGCAUUUGCGUGAGCGUAGGUCAUACAAAGAAGGAUCUCGAAAAGGCGGCGAGCGUCAUUCGUUCGGCUUUUGCCAAGGUCAUCAAGGCGAAUAGAUAGGAAGGGCGAAGUCAUUACUGUUCGCUUCCAAUG